AUGCUUCCAUGGCCCGACCGGUUGAUUUCCACAACCUUGACACUGGAACGAGCCGCGUCCAUGAUGUUUGUACUUGGUAUAACUCGCAGUCGCAGCCAGAUUCCCCGACCUCGAUCUUCACACGGAAUAUCACGAUCCCGGACAAGCUAUCUGCCAAUCCUCUCUGCCCAAGCUACUCUAGAUCGAAAUUCACAAUUUUAUAGACUAACAGAUGAGGAUCGAGAGAAACUUGGUGGAAUUGAAUAUCGCAGCUUGAAGCUGUUGUUAAAAAUCGUUACUUCAUUGGCCUUCAUCUGUUCGGUGCAAUUUGCCUCGUUCCGUGGAUGCAGCAUGCCAGUCCAAAUUACCAGGAAUACCUUGCAGAAUGCGGCCAGGGGAAAACCUGGUGCCCAAACAAUGGUGAACAAUCUCGGAUUUACCCUGACCCCAGACUCGAUGAUCCAUUUCCAAGACGCCACCUACCCUCUACUUCUCAUGAGCUUUCUAGCCUAUGCAGGAAACACUUGUUACCCAUGCUUACUCCGACUGGUCAUCUGGAUCAUGUUCAAACUAUGUCCGGAAUACUCAUCUCGCAAAGAAUCACUCGGCUUCUUACUAUCUCAUCCUCGACGUUGCUACACACUUUUAUUCCCGAGCCAACCCACGUGGCUUCUGUUUAGAAUCCUGGUCGCCAUGAACCUCAUUGAUGUUGUCCUUAUCCUCGUACUAGAUUUGCAUAUUUCAGCAGUCAGCCAUCUUCCUCUCGGUCAACGCAUCAUUGCCGCACUUUUCCAGGCUGCUUCUUCCCGACAUACCGGAACCUCGAUUUUUAACUUGGCAGAUGUGAAUCCGGCUGUUCAAUUCAGUCUGCUGGUGAUGAUGUAUAUUUCUAUAUUCCCCAUCGCCCUCAGUGUCAGAGCCUCAAACGUCUAUGAAGAAGAAGCGCUCGGAGUUUAUUCGCUCGCGAACGAGAUCGACGAGAGCGACAGUCGAUCGUAUCUUCUCACCCACAUCCGCAACCAGCUCACCUUUGACUUGUGGUAUAUCUUCCUCGGCAUAUUUUGCAUCUGCAUCGCCGAAGCGGAGAGAAUCAUGGCUAAUUCAGAUCCGGCAUUUUCUGUCUUUUCGGUGUUCUUUGAGGUGAUCUCCGCAUAUGGCAACGUUGGGCUCAGUUUGGGGUAUCCGACAGUCAGUACAUCUCUCAGUGGGCAGUUUACCACAUUCAGUAAACUUGUUAUCUGUGCCAUGAUGGUCCGCGGCCGCCACCGCGGACUGCCAUAUAAGUUGGAUCGGGCUAUUGUCUUGCCGACCGAGCAUCUUAUGCGAAACGAUACGGAAGGCGAUUCAGGUUGGAGAGGAGGACAAGUCCAGCAACUGGCAGGAAUCCGACGAAUCCACACAAGCUAA